AGUCAAGCAGCCAAAGGGGCAGCAGCUCAUGACUCCACUCGACCAUGACGCCCCUCAGAGUGUGCAGCAAGCCAUAGACUGAUGUCACAGAUGGAGAUAGCCUGGCACGAGACCGGCCAAGCUGGUCUCGGCGAUUUGACCUCGCUCUGUCUGGACACGCACCAGGCCUUGCUUUGGACGGGCACCCCCCACGGUCAUAUUGCUUCCUUCUUCACCGACAGUCCGGCCAGUCAAGGCAACGAAAAUGAGGUGCCUCCUGCCUUCCAGCAGCGAUACACCGCCUUCAAAGGCUCCAGCACGCAUGAGCCCAUCAAAGAGCUCUGGACAGAUGAAGCCGGCGUAUUGUCGCUCGCCUCGGACGGCGUCAAGCUCACUCACCGCAGAGGGCUCACCCUGUGGAACACCUUGGAUCCGACGCAUUCUCUCGUCAGCAUGGCCUAUUCGUCUUUACGCGCCAGCGAGAUUGUCGCCGGCGGCUCGAGACUGGCAGUGACGUCUCAAGGAUCACACGUACAGCCGCUCGUAGGAGAGCCAGACCUGCUCCUGCUCAGUGCAAGCACCGGGACGAUCAUUCGCAGAGUGCCUAGCAGCAUAGCAGUACAGCACCUGAGAACGUCGCACCAAAACGUUGUUCUGGGCUCUGCAGAAGGUCGCGUGCAUCUCCUAGACCCGAAGAGCCUCAAGACCCAGUCGUCCAUCGACGCGCAUUCUGCCGGUCUCAGCGUGCUAGAAGCAGAGGGACAUCUGCUCUACACUGGUGGCUUCUCCCUCAAGCAAGGACGGCCUGUACCAGACCCGCUCGUCAAGGUCUUUGAUGUUCGCAUGCUAAGACCGCUCGUACCCGUGCCGUUCCCAGCAGGACCGGCGUUCAUCAAGCCGCAUCCUCGUCUCUCGACUACGAUUGCAGUCAGCUCGCUCAAUGGCUCAUUCCAGAUCGUCGAUACGCUCCAGCAAGGCACCGUUCAGUUUCAUCAGCUCCCUUUCACUUCCUACCUGACCGCGAUGUCAAUGGCGCCAUCCGGGGAGGGUCUACUGUUCGCUGAUCAGUCUGGUCUCGUGCGUCUCUGGUCGAGCUCUGAUGACGCAAAGUACACACGCUACGGACCGCAAGACAUCGAGCUGCCUGAUCCUGUUGAGCCUCCAAAACAGAUCGAAUGGACUCCUAGCUCGCCACUGUCGCUCAUCGGAGUCCCGUUCUACGACACCCAGCUGCUCUCUGUCAUCCCGAUCGAAAACUACGCCACCAAGUACUCGGCCAUACUCAGACCGCCCACGCGACCCGAUCCAGCAUUACAUGCGACGCUCAAACAAGUCGAUUGGAUUGGCUACGCCGUCAAUCCGAAGGGAUCGAUUCGCAAUCUUGCCGUUGCGCAUGACUCUCGCGCCAAACAGGCUUCAAAUCGACGUAUGGAUGUGCCACUCUUUCGCUCAGAAAAGGAAAAGAUCGCCCAGGAAAGGCGGCGGAGAGCGAGAGCAAGCACCGACAAUGCCAAUGCAUCCGUAUCGCUCGAAGACGAGGAGAGCGAACUGACGAGCUCGACAAUGCCCAAAUACUACUCUCGCGUGGAGAUAAAGUACAGCCGCUUCGGCGUCGAAGAUUUCGACUUUGGCUUCUACAACAAAACGCGGUACAGUGGUCUCGAAACUCAUAUCGUCAAUUCGUAUACCAACUCAUUCCUCCAAGUGUUGCGGUUCAUCAAGCCUCUUGCGGCUCUGGCGCUCGCUCACAUCCUGGUGUCGUGUCCAAAAGAAGAUUGCUUACUAUGCGAAGCUGGCUUUCUGUUCAAGCAGCUCCAAGAUGCGCAAGGUGUCAACUGCCAAGCCAGCAAUUUCUCUCGCGCGUUCUCAGCCAGCAGACAAGCCGAGGCGCUCGGCCUUAUGGAUCACAGCAACGAAAGUGCCAAGACCGCCUACGCCUCCCUGAUACAGACGUUCAACCGCUUCAUGAUCGAACAGCUCGGACAAGAGGCAAAAGUGAUGCAUCCAGAUCUUCGGCUGAGGCGGCAUAUGGUCUUGCUGCAGGAAGAGUCAUUACCUUCGCCAGUCUCGCAAAUUUUCGGGAUCAGCGCACGCACAAUGAUGGCGUGUGUCUGUGGCGCGCAGUCCAGCAGGGAUUCUAGCUUUAGUGUCAUUGAUCUGAUCUAUCCGCGCAAAGCCCUCUCAAAUGAGCCGAAACCGGCGUCGGACUUCCACACAAUCUUGAAAGCUUCGAUUGGCCGCGAGACCGCAACACGAGCGACCUGCGCAGCUUGUCGUCAAUUUGCGCACGCGCGCGUACGCCGCGUUCUGACGAAUGACUUGCCACCGGUCGUGACGAUCAAUGCGAAUGUUAACACUGCCGAUCACAUGGAGAUGUGGCUUGAUGGGAAGACGAGCAAAGACAGGUUUUUGCAGCCGAGCUUUGUCAUCUCUCGGGGCAUGUCAGGGCUCAGCAUACAAGACGAAGCCUCAUCAAUCGCGGCCGACACCGAUUCAGUUUGCUAUCAGCUCACUGCGAUAGUCUGUCAGAUCCAAUCAGAUGACGAUCCUGCGCAUCUGAUCUCGCUCAUACGCAUCCCACGCGAGGAAGAUGAGCGCGCCGGAACUUGGCACCUUUUCAACGACUUCCUGGUAAAAGCUGUCUCGGAAGACGAGGCACUCGGCUUUCCCGGCAGUUGGAAGAUACCCGCAGUACUGUGCUAUACGCGUAUUGAUGCGUCGCGCAUGCUUGACCUUUCCGUUUUGCCAACAACACUUGAUACCUCGAUUCUUGAGCGCGAUUUGACAAUCUCGCGUCGACGCGACCCUAGCAAGAUCAAGCAUGAAGUAUUGUCGGCGAGCGAAAUUCCCCGAAAAGGCAUGCUGGUCUCUAUCGAUGCCGAAUUCGUCUCUCUACAGCAAGAAGAGGUGGAAUAUAGAUCAGACGGGACACGAUCCGUCUUGCGGCCAUCUCGUAUGACGCUUGCGCGCGUCUCUGUGCUGCGCGGGGAAGGAGCAAAGACCGGUGUGCCAUUCAUCGACGAUCACAUAUCGACAACAGAGCCAAUCGUUGAUCAUCUCACCGAGUACUCCGGCAUACGCCCCGGCGAUUUGGAUCCAUUCGUAUCGCCGCAUACGCUUGUGUCACUCAAGGCAGCCUACAAGAAGCUGCGGAUGCUAGUCGACCUUGGGUGCGUCUUUAUCGGCCAUGGCCUGCAGAAAGACUUCCGUAUCAUCAAUAUAUUCGUCCCUCCGGGUCAGAUCAUCGACACUGUCAAUAUCUACCACCUAGCAGCGCGACAUCGUAAGCUCUCGCUCAGAUUCCUUUCCUUCGUCGUGCUGCAGCAAGACAUACAAUCGGGCACGCAUGAUUCGAUCGAAGACGCUCGUACAGCACUACAGCUUUAUGAGGAAUAUCGCAGGCUCGAAGCGCAAGGCAGCUGGGAAGAUCGGCUAGACGAGAUCUACGUCGAAGGCAAAAGGCUCAACUUCAAAGUACCUCAGCCCGAAGCAGCUGCCGAAGUAGCAAUGGACUUGAGCUCCCAAAAUAUGCCAGCUGCGAGUGUCGCACUGGACGCACGGAUCGCGAGCUUGUCAUCUGCUUCGCCGAUCUUUGUUCCUCGUUCAACGCCUAGUCCGCCGUACUUUCAGAGCCAUCAACCCAAGUCACCCAGACGGCGUCAUCGACCGCACGCUCGACCGUGAGGACUAGACAGGAGCAUGAUAAUGAUGGCAUCCAUCAUGUUGUUGUGUAUCGCAUGAGUGCAUCUGCAGACAAGGUCUGAUACUCGGACAGAUGCGACAGCACUGAUGCAGGCAGCAAAAUGACCUGGGGCGGGAGCGUCUGUGUCUACGCUUUGCGUGGGCCAGUCUUGAGACCUUCGGCGAGCAAAGCUGGAAAGUCAACCGUGCCCAGACCGCUUGCCAGAUCGAAGCCAGGUACCGCGUCAAGGGAAGCGGCAUUGCCGUCUUUGCCGCAGCCGUAGCUCUUUCCGACCUUCAUGUCUCUACAGACAUUCGCAUGAUGAUACUGCCAAGGAUUUAAAAAGCCCAUUGACGGCCGACCUUCGGCCUCCAGCGCGUCGUUGAGAAGCGCAAUCAGUCCCGCUAGAGUUGGCACUGCAGAGCUCGUACCACCUGCUCGUUGAUAAGCACUGUUCGUUUGGCUGUAAUCUG